AUGGACACCAGACUGUUUAGUGAGACAUCGACAAAACUUGCCGUUAUUUUGAGACAGCUUUGUCAUGAUGGAAGUGAGCUAUUGCCAGACUGGUCAUCAUCGGUGGAAACUGCUUUUGUUUUGACAGAUUCUCUGACAAAUAGUCUUUGUGUUGACCCAAAAGAGAAAGCAGAGCUGGAGAAACUUGCUGUUGAUCUUUGGAACAAGACAUCCAUUAUUAAAAGCAAGGGAAAUUUACAAACACAUGUGUAUGCUAAAUUGCGACAUAUAUCAUUUCAAGUUGUGGCAUUCUUCAAUGAAUCGGUCAGUGAGGAUCGGGCACUUAAAAAACAAAUACUUAUGGGGCUUAAGGCUACAAGAGGUUGGAUUGAUUAUAAAGAGGUUGAAUUUGCAGAUAAAGUGCUCAACAUCUUAAAUAGGAGUACAUUCUGUAUGUCAUUAACAUUUAGAGAUACAAAGAGUACAUUCUGUAUGUCAUUAACAUUCAGAGAUACCAAGAGUACAUUCUGUAUAUCAUUAACAUUCCGAGAUACAAAUA